UGCAAACUUUGGAUUCUCAAAAAACAGCCCUCACCUGCAUGUCUGUCUGUGGGCCUGCCUGUCUGUCUGUGGGCCUGCCUGUCUGUCUGUGUGCCUGCCUGUCUGCCUGUCUGUCCAUUGUUGAGGUAUUGUGUGUGUGCGUGAGCGUCAUGGAGGCAGGCAGCAGACGCUCUGUGCUCCUGGUGAGUUUAGCGCUGUGUUUCCUCCAGGUCCUGAGCCGCGCUGGAGUGGUGCGCCGUGCGGCCCAGGCCCAGAGUGUGUUCGCCCGGCCCAGGAGAGCUAACUCCUUCUUCAUCGAGGAGGUCCUGCAGGGCGACCUGGAGAGGGAGUGCUACGAGGAGCGCUGCUCCUACGAAGAGGCGCGCGAGUACUUCGAAGACACGCCCACAGCCAUCUCAUUCUGGACCCGUUACUACGACGGUGACCAGUGCCAGCCCAACCCGUGCCUCCAGGGGGGGAACUGUACGGACAGGGUGGGGGGCUUCGUCUGCAGCUGCAGAGACCCCCACCACGGCCGGACCUGUGAGGAGAGCCCCCCCCCUCUUGUCACCUCCCCUCAAGUCACUAUAGCAGAGGUGCGCUGUGCUGUGGACGGUCCUGGUUCCUGUCAUCAGUUCUGUAAAGUUUGGAACGAUGAGCCGAUCUGUUUGUGCACCGAGGGAUUCACACUACAGACCGACAAGAAGACCUGUCUGCCCCACGCUGAGUAUCCAUGUGGACAAUGGUUGCCGAGCAAUGAGACCCAAACUGCCCAAGCCCCGCCCCCCUGCUCUGAUGGACGCUGUCCGUGGCAGGUGUCGCUGUUGGACAACGAGGGGGUGGAGCUAUGUCAGGGCGUGGUCCUAGGGGGCGUGGCCAUCCUGACCUCCGCGAGCUGUUACACAGGAAGAGCCACAAGCCUGCGUGUUCACCAGGGGGGGCGGGCGGUCUCCAUCCUCAGCGCCUUCCUGCACCGCGGCUUCCAGGCGGGUCUCCAUGACAACGACCUGGUGGUCCUCCACCUGGCCACGCCCCUGCUCUUUGGCCCCUCCCUCUUCCCGCUCUGCUUGCCCACCAAGGACUUCAGUGAGAACGUCCUGAUGCAUGCUGGGAGCCCCGGCCUGACGUGGCUGGGGUCGGAGGUCGUGACCUAUGUGACCCUGGACGCCUGCCGCCGGCUCCUCAACACCUCUCAGCCAAUCAGCAACAAGAUGUUCUGCAUGGCCGGCCCCCCCGCCCGGCCCGGCCCGCAGGACGUGGAGCGGCGCUGGCGGGCGUCGCCGGUGGCGUCGCGCCGGCACGGCACCGCCUUCCUCACCGGGCUGCUGCUGCCCCUCCCCCCCGGGGGGCGGGGCCAGGGGCGGGGCCUGCUCUUCACCAAGCUGUCCCGCUUCCUGCCGUGGAUCGGAGCCACGCUGGAGCGCAUCCAGAGAAUCCAGGACGAGGUGCCGGACGCUGACCCCCGCAGGCUGACCCCCCCACGCUGACCCCCCCCCACGUUGACCCCCGCAGGCAGACCCCCCCCACGCU